AUGACCGGGACAGCCUUGGCAAAUUUCCUGAACAUGGCUGGCCGGAGCUGCACCGCAGAGACGAUUACACCUGCGGGCCCGGAAAACCUUGUCGCAAUAAAGCCUGUUGCGGUGCCAGCGGCUAUUGCGGCUAUGGGGCUACGCGAGUUUGGCUUUUGCGGAACGACUGAGGAGUUUUGCACUGGAAAAUGCCAGAGCAACUGCAUUCUGCACCCGAAGCCUCCCGGAGGCGCUUCAGCCAUAGGCGAUAUCCUUCAGAACAAGGUCAUUGGCUAUUAUGAAGCGUGGAGCGCUCGCAAGUCGUGCCACAAAGUUGGGCCCACUGGCAUGGCGAUUGAUGCACUUACCCACGUAAACUUUGCUUUUGCCUACAUUGAGCCGGGCACUUACAAGAUCGUCCCGAUGGACUCCCAGACUCCCGAGAGUCUGUUUCGGGAAGUCCCUAACCUCAAGUCCAUCAAGCCGGAUCUCAAGGUCUUUGUCAGUAUUGGAGGAUGGACUUUCUCGGAUAACAACACUGUCACACAACCUCUGUUUGGCGAGAUUGCCGCGGAUCCUGGCAAGCGAAAGACCUUUGCAAACAAUUUGGUCCAGUUCAUGAAGCAUUAUGGGUACGACGGCGUAGACAUCGACUGGGAAUACCCCGGCGCCCCAGACCGAGGCGGCAAGCCCCAGGACGUGCAGAACUUCGUCCUGCUGUUCCAGACCCUGCGCAGCACGUUCGACGCCAGCGGCUCCCGCUUCGGCCUCAGCUUCACGGCGCCCUCGUCCUUCUGGUACCUGCGCUGGUUCGACCUGCCCAACCUCGUCAAGUACGCCGACUGGAUCAACCUCAUGUCGUACGACCUGCACGGCGUCUGGGACCGCGACAACCCCAUCGGCAGCAUCGUCCAGGGCCACACCAACCUGACCGAGAUCAAGCUGGCCGCCGAGCUGUUCUGGCGCGUCGGCAUCCCGCCCGCCAAGCUGGUCAUGGGCUUCGGGUUCUACGGGCGCUCCUUCACGCUCGCGGACCCCGCGUGCUCCAAGCCCGGGUGCCGGUUCAGCGGGGCGUCGGUGCCGGGCCCUUGCACCGGCGAGGGUGGGAUCCUGGGCCACUACGAGAUCCAGGAGGUGCUCAAGGGCGGCGGCAAGCGGAAGAGGGCCGUGCAGCCGGUGUACGACAAGGCUGCUGCCGUCAAGUAUGUGACGUUUGACAAGGAUCAGGUAUUGAUACCAAAGCAGUGGGUUUCGUAUGACGACAAGGAGACGAUGAAGCAAAAGGUCGACUGGGCCAACAGUAUUGGCCUAGGCGGCGCUCUGAUCUGGGCAUCGGAUCUCGACGACAAUGCAUAUACUGCACAUGCAGAUCUGCUGAAUAAAGCGAUCCAGUCGACAGCUAAACUGAACGAUGUCGCCAAGGCACUCGCAAAUCCCAAAGCCUUGAUUCAGGACCUCUCCGGAACGAACGGCCAGGACUGUUUUGCCUACAAGGACAAAUGCAUCAACUUGAACGAUAACAAAGCCAUGUCUAACGCGUGUGGAAGCGGUUUCACAGCCGUGGGCUGGGACGAUGCAGGGUGUGGCAAGAAGAGCUGUGUGAGUACUGCAUCACUUAGAGGAGAGGACGCACUUUUUGAGACUAAUGGGACGGAUGCCUUCAUAAAGCACUGCGGUAAGCCCAUUUGCUGCCCGACUGUCUCAGCGCCCAAGAAUUGCAAAUGGCGCGGCGACGAUAACGGAGGUGGCGUCGGCAGUGACUGCAAUGCCCAGUGCGGUCCCGGGGAGAUCAACAUCAAGGGCAUCCAAUCGCACUGGGGAGGCGGCUUCUUGAACGACGGAAACACAAACAGAUGCGGCCGCGGGGAGAAAGUGUUUUGUUGCCCCAGCCUGGACUUUGCGACUGUGACCAAGGGCUGCGAGUACACGUCAUGCCUAGGGAGCUGCCCAUCAGGCAAGGAUCCUUUGUUUAGCAAGAAUGACGCCUGCUUCCUGGGUACUCAGUACUACUGCUGCCCAAAGCCGGUUCAGCUCAAGAAGUGCCGAUGGGAAGCUGGCAGCAAGGGCACCGAUUGUGUCAACGCAGUGUGCAAGGACACUGAAGUUGAGGUUGACCGAGCUCAGUUUGGAGAAUGGGGCACUGUCGGAUGUUCGUGGGGUCGCAAGAAAGCCGCCUGCUGCACUGUUGACAAGGCACCUCCAAAGCCCGCUUACUGCACCAAAGAUCCAUGUGAUACAAUACCAGAGUUCUGCCCGGGGAAGGGCGCCAGCCUAGCCCAAUCUCGGGCAGUUCAUGUUCCAGAAAUCGGCCAAAGAGACAACAAAGAAGAAAAACAGCUGGAGGUCUACGAACCGAGAUCGAGUCCUUCGUCAAAUGAGCCCAGGUCAGUGCACCUCCUGGAGAAGCGCGGCAACGCCGAGACCUACUAUGUCGACCUUGGGAACAAUAUCGGCAUCCGGAUCAUUGCCGUGGCCUAUCCCGGCCUCGCCGAGAUCUUCGGCCUGCCCGGCGCGUCCAGAGUGCUUCGGCGCUUCUUCCGGCUCAUUGCAGGGUACUGCACCGGUCCUGCCAUUACCGAGGGAGACGUUGGAGGCGGGAGCAGUCCAGGGAACCUGGGCGGGCUGGAUGCCGAGCAUCCCAUUGAUCGCCAAGUCAUGAUCCCCUUCACCCGGACUCUUGCAAGCGGAAGACUACCAUCCGGCGCAUCGGCGGGCGGCCUCGUGGCUCUCGGCGGGCAGUGGCUCAAGACGAACUGGCACAAGACGUUCGCAGCCUUGGCCGCCCGGCCCGCAAUCGGGAGCGCCCAAGGGAUCUCGCCCGACACGCCCAACGACCGCAUCAUGGAGUGCAUGGGCUCGUACGACUACCCUGACCCCUUGCUGCCGACAGACAAACAGCUCAACGGCGCCAAGGCCUCCAUCAUGCGCCUGCGGCGACCGGCCACGCCCGACAGAAUCAGGCGGCUCGCCGAGGUGGCGGUCCGCGAGGACAGCCAGGGCGCGGUAGACGAGCUCCUGUCGCCCAUCCGCGAUGGCAUCGCCGUCUUCGAGUACAUGAACCGCCCGCACGCCGCGGAGCGCUUCAACCGCGUGCGCCAGCAGAUCCGGCGGCAGCUGGGCUACAUCGAGGCCGACGUGCCCGGGGCCCACGGGCUCGUCGCCUGGUGGGACCUCUUCUCGCGCGACUACUUCGACCUCGUGGGCCGGCGCGCGAGCGAGUGGGCGCGCGACGUGAUCGAGGCCGCCGCGGGGCCCUACGUCGAGGCGCAGCAGGCCGGGCGCAACCUCGCGACGUACGAGCAGGUGCUCGGCGCGCUCGAGGAGAUGCUCACCACGUCCGAGGACCUGAGCCUGCCCCCGGACACGUCGAUGCAGAACCCGCAGCCUCCGGACGGCAGCGGCGGCGCCGGUGGUGCGAGUCCCCCGACCGGCGGUGGUGCUGGAGGCGGUGCGAGCCCUCCCAGCGGUGAUGGAGGUGCCGGCACUGGUGGUCCGCCGCCGUCAUCGUGA